CGGACUGACUGCGAGUGCCCAGCAGAGACGCUGGGGCGGACUGAGCCAGUGCAUUUUGCUGGCAGAGCCGUGGGAUUCUUCCCAUUACCCUUCUCUCCCUGGAGCUGCCCACUGGUACCACCAGCUCCAGCCCGGCCACCGCCUCCGCCCCGUCCUCUCCCCGCCCUCUGAGGGGCAAGACCACAGCGCAGCCUGGGGCUAGGACAGGGACCACUGUGCAGCGAAGCGACGCAACAGGGGAAUGUCUGAGGGCCACCACCACGGCUGCAGCAGUCCCCAAAAGAUGUCCAGUAACUCAUGUGCAAGGUAGCAUUCUACACCACCCUUGAAUGCUGACAGGAAGGCACUAGGCAGUAAAUUCCUCCGAGAUCAUAUGUUGGCUGUUACUUGGAAGAGAAGGAACUGACACCAUGGCCAAAGGAAAGAGAGCUCAGUCUACCUCUCCUCCAGAUGGAGGCUGGGGCUGGAUGAUAGUGGCCGGAUGUUUCCUUGUGACAAUCUGCACCCGGGCAGUCACUAGAUGUAUCUCAGUGUUUUUUGUGGAGUUUCAGACAUACUUUGCUCAGGACUAUGCACAAACAGCAUGGAUUCAUUCCAUUGUAGAUUGUGUGACCAUGCUCUGUGCUCCACUCGGGAGUGUUGUCAGUAACCACCUAUCCUGUCAAGUGGGAAUCAUGCUGGGUGGCUUGCUUGCAUCUACUGGCUUCAUCUUGGCCUCAUUCGCCACCAGCCUGAAGCAUCUCUACCUCACUCUGGGAGUUCUUACAGGCCUUGGAUUUGCACUAUGUUACUCUCCAGCCAUCGCCAUGGUUGGCAAGUAUUUCAGCAGACGGAAAGCCCUUGCUUAUGGGAUCGCCAUGUCGGGCAGCGGCAUUGGCACUUUCAUCCUGGCUCCUGUGGUACAGCUGCUCAUCGAACAGUUUUCCUGGCGGGGAGCGCUGCUCAUCCUUGGCGGCUUUGUGUUGAAUCUCUGUGUUUGUGGAGCUUUGAUGCGGCCAAUCACGCUCAAAGAAGACCACACAAUGCCAGAGCAAAAUCAGAAUCAAGACUUUGACCGGGCAUCUCCCUGUUUGCCUUUGACCAAACCAUGGAUGCAGACCUGCCUUUGUUGCUCUCUCCAGAAGGAAUACAGUUUUCUACUAAAGCCAGACUUUAUCAUAUUGGCAGUCUCGGUUUUGUUCAUGGCGUAUGGCUGCAGCCCUCUCUUUGUGUAUCUGGUGCCUUAUGCUUUGAGUGUUGGAGUGAGUCAUCAACAAGCUGCUUUUCUGAUGUCCAUCCUUGGAGUGAUUGAUAUUAUUGGCAAUAUCAGUUUCGGAUGGCUAACCGACAGAAGGUGCCUGAAGAGUUACCAGUAUGUUUGCUACCUCUUUGCCGUGGGACUAGAUGGACUCUGCUAUCUCUGCCUCCCGAUGCUUCAGAGUUUCCCCCUGCUCGUGCCUUUCUCUUGUACCUUUGGCUACUUUGAUGGUGCCUACGUGACCUUGAUCCCAGUGGUGACUGCAGAAGUCGUGGGGACCACCACGUUGUCAUCAGCGCUUGGUGUGGUGUACUUCCUUCAUGCAGUGCCAUACCUGGUGAGCCCGCCCGUCGCGGGAUGGCUGGUGGAUAUGACUGGCAGCUACACAGCAGCGUUUCUCCUAUGUGGAUUUGCAAUGAUAUUUAGCUCUGUAUUGCUUGGCUUUGCUAGACUUGCAAAGAGAAUGAAAAAAACCCCACUGCGGCUCCUUGCCAAAGAAUCUGAUCCCAAGCUGCGGCUGUGGACCAACGGAGCGGCGGCUUAUUCUGUAGCAAGAGGGUUAGAUCAGAAAGAAGGGGAAUCUGCGGCUGUAACAGUGGCUGCCUUCAACCCCAUAUGACCAAUGGCCUUGAGCCUGGGACCUUCAGAUUGAGAGAGGUGGAACCAUCAGAUUAUCCAUGCUUCUGAAGUGCUUUGUUUUGGCAGAAGUAUUUCCUUCCAAGGAGAUUAUUAUUAUUAUUGUUUUGUUAAAAUAUUUAUAAGGGAAAACAUCAAAUAUAUUUUAAAAAAAACUAGACUAGCCUGGAAUUGCCUUAUGUAGUGUUUGUACUCCCAUUGAACCUUCAGGGAGGUGAACAGUGAUAGAAUUAGCUGUGACUGGGGUGUGUG